AUGUAUAAAAUCUUCAUUCCCUUAGUGAUAAUAUUGAUAGCUAUUACUUCAGUAACUAAAGCAGAAUGCCAAACAAGACAAAUAUACUGCUACGAAUGUGACUCCUGGUCAGAUAUGAGGUGUAAAGACCCCUUCAACUAUACCGCCCUACCAAGAGACCAACCCCCAUUGAUGACAUGUAACGGAUGCUGUGUAAAGAUGGUUCGAAAUGCAAAAUCACCAUACGAAGUGGUGAGACGAACCUGUACCAGUCAGCUCCAGAUCAAUCUCUUCAUGGUAGAUCACGUGUGCAUGAUGGAAAGUAGCGGAACGGGUCACAUGUGCUUUUGUGAGGAGGAUAUGUGCAACACUGCACGAAAAAUUGUCGGAAUUACAGAAAGCGUUUACCUGCUACCCGUAGUGUUGUUCCUUUCACGUCUGUGCAUGAGGUAG